AUGUACGUAAUAUAUCCUGCAGAAGAAGUAGUUUCCCUUACGUACAGCUCGUACUCGCUGCCGCGGCCCAGGCAGCGGCCUACGCUUGACGUAUUAUUCGGGCCGCCGCCGCACGCGUCGACUAGCGCGAACUCCCAGCCCUCGACCCCCGCCCCGCCCCGGGCUGUGUGCUUCCCCAAAACGGCGCCCCCAGAGCCCGCGGAGCGCGCGCCGGCCUCGCCGACGCCGUCGCUCGAGCGGCCGGCAAAGCUGCGCGAGCGCACCAAAGCAAAACUGCUCAAAAAGCUGGGUCGCCAUGAUGAUAAUGAAUUUGGUAAAAUCAUCAGGACCCCUGCACCGGAUGAGUUCGAACUACCCGCUCCACUACCGACCCCAGCGUUCUCGAGGAAAAACAUUUUUGACAGGGACUUCGACGCUCUUUUUGAAGUAGCAAAUACGCCGCAGUUCGGUGCAAAUAUUCGUGUUACGACUCCAGAACCAGACCACCAUUCAGAUGCAUCGGGAGCGCAGUUUCCUUCGCCUGCGACCUCGUCCCUUAGUUUGCUCCCACCACGGCCGCACUCCGAACCAGCGAUUAAUCCUUCCCCUGUGCCAUCUAUCCGCACAUCCACGCCUUCGACACCAACACAGCGAUCAUCGUUUGAAGGUUCUAGUUCGAAGCCGAAGAAAAGAAGUUUCUUUCGUAAAUUCAGUUCAUCAAAGGAGCCAACACCGCCUAAAACAGUUACAAUGCAGCAACCACCAGUCGAGAUGGCUCUUCGUGAGUUAACUCAUCCAGCUCACAAUGAACAGUUGAAGAAUCAACAGCAAGUCACGUUCAAGUUAGUAAAAACAGUAUCAGACUUCACAACUCAACUGUCACAACUGUAUGAAAGACAUUCAGCUGAAAUGCAAGUACUCGUCGCCAACUUUCGCAAGCGGAACAGUGAACUUCGGAAAGAAAGGGCUUCAUGUCCAUCUUCGCUGUUCCAUACGUGGGAAACCUUACUGCAAGAAGUCGAAGCAGACGUGUUGGGUAGUAGCAAUGCUGCCACUUCUUUGGAACGUUUGGUGGCCACACCUCUCAUCGAUCGAACCUUUCACAUGAAAGUACAAGCACGAAAAUUAUUCGUCCAUCGUGAAGGCUGUGAAGUCAUAUUGGGAAAAGCGGACGAUCAAUUAAAUAAGGUCAUCCUUAGUCUGGUAGCCAUAUGUGCGCAUAUUAUAUGUGCAUUAUCAAUGUAA